AUGAGGUUCACUGUCUUCUCCCUUCUCCUGUCUGCCAGUGCAGCCCUCGCCGUCCCCAUCAUCGAACGAGACAGCUCUAUCCAGAUCAGUGAUUUCUGGGCCAGAGCUAGCGCUGGCUCCUCCGCUACGAUGCAUUUCGUCGUGACUGAUCCAAACUACCCCGACGACACCCCUACGGACUGCAACCUAAUCUGGUCAUACGGAUCUUCGCCCAAGGAAAGUGCCCGGUGCAACAACAGUCAAUACUACAUCCGCUUCCCUGAAGGUGCCGUGGACUUUAACCGGUUUACACUUGGACUUGAGAGAGUCUCGGGUCCGAUUGCUGAGAACGGUCAGGUCUUGCUGAGGUCCGGUACGCAGUGGUCUUGUGUGGACAAUCCGGAAAGUGGCGUUCAUCUGAGCUGCUCUUAUGAUGGUGUUCUUAACAUGCCCGUGUGA